UAUUCUCGGCAUGGUUCAUCUGGACCUGGCCAAGUAUCAUGAGAUGGGCCGCUUCAAGGAGCAGGAUGGCGCCGAAUGCGACAUGGACGCGGCCAUGUUCCACCUCAAGCAGGCCGUCAACUGCGAAGUGCUGGAAGCGAUACAGAUCAUGGCUAAGCUCUACCUGAACAUGCCUACGGACAUUUUCUCCUCCGUACAGAUCCCGGAGGAUGAGGAAAACAUUGACAUCGGUGUCGGUUAUAUGCACAACGCGGCUGAUGCAGGAGACAGACAGGCCAUGAUUCACCUAGCUAAAGCUUAUGACACGGGUGUCAAUCUUGGAUCUCAAAGGGAGAGAGAUUGGAAGCAGGCGGUGUACUGGUACGACCGCGCGAUCCACACUGACGAGAUUGACGCUGGCGGGGAGUUUGACUCGACGAUGGACGACCCCAUGUACAUGCUCAUGUCGUGCGAGGCGGAGCUGUGGAGGAAGGGAGGCCUAGGGCUGACGAAGGAUCCAAGCUAUGCCGGAGAACUGUAUACGAUGGCUGCAGACAAUGCCAUGGAGAGCAUGAAGGGCCGUCUGGCAAACAAGUUCUAUGCGCUUGCCGAGGAGGCUUGGGCCGAGGUGGAGGAACCAGAGGAGUGAACGUCACAACUCCGAGCAAGUGUUGUGGUAGUACUGGAUGCAGCACUGCUACAGCUUUGAGACAAAUUCACGGAAAAGUGUAGUUUUGGAGUAGAUGGAGUGCAA